CCGUGGCUCAGCGCACGUGCGGCAGCGCAGCCCUGCGUUCUGCAGAACUACAUUUCCCAGCGUGCCCCGCGGCGUUCCCACGCAGGCGCCCCGGGCCGCGGACCGACCCGUGCCAGCCCCGGUCCGUGACCAUGGAGGGAGACACCGGAUCCGGGGUCCCGGCGCCGUCGGGCGGGGAUGGAGCGGGCCAGGGCCAGGGCCUGGGCCCGGCCGAUGAGGACCGGGACAUGGAGGGGGCCCCCAGCUGCUCGGGGUCGCGCUCCCACCCCUUCGAGUUCGAGCGGGGUCGCUCGGAGUCCAGCGGCGAUGAGGACGACGACGACGAAGACGACGAGGAAGAGGAGGUGGAGGAAGAGGAGGAGGAGAUGGAGAGCGACACCAGGGCUCGGUUCGGAACGGAUGAUGGGGAGCUGGACUCGGACGACGACCGGGAGCGUAUGAUAAACCUCGCAGAGCUGACCCCCUACAUCCUGUGUUCCAUCUGCAAAGGAUACUUCAUCGAUGCUACAACUAUUACAGAAUGUCUGCACACCUUUUGCAAAAGCUGCAUCGUGAGACACUUCUACUAUAGCAACAGAUGUCCAAAGUGCAAUAUUGUUGUACAUCAGACACAGCCCCUCUAUAAUAUCAGACUGGACCGACAACUGCAAGAUAUAGUCUAUAAAUUAGUUGUCAACCUGGAGGAAAGAGAGAAAAAACAAAUGCAUGACUUCUAUAAAGAAAGAGGAUUAGAAGUGCCCAAACCAGCUGUCCCACAGCCAGUUCCACCGAGCAGAGGAAGACCCCGAAAAGUUCUGGGCUCAGUGUUCCGGAUCCCACCAGAACUUGACAUUUCCAUACUUCUGGAGUUUAUCGGAGCUAAUGAAGGCACAGGGAAUUUUAAGCCUUUGGAAAAGAAAUUUGUGCGUGUUUCCGGGGAGGCAACAAUUGGACAUGUGGAGAAAUUCCUCAGAAGAAAAAUGGAUCUAGACCCUGCUUGUCAGGUGGAUAUAAUCUGUGGUGAUCACCUGCUGGAGCACUACCAGACACUGAGGGAGAUCCGUCAGGUCAUAGGAGAGAGUGCAGUACAGGAUGGUCUACUUGUACUGCACUAUGGCCUGGUGGUGUCUCCACUAACUUAAAGGUGUCUGGAAUAUCAGAAGGCAAAAGAAUCUGAAGUCAUGGAGCUUCUUCAGUGCUGUUUCUCACCAAAGAAGCCAUUGCAUUUCCUGUGGCAGGAAGCAAGUGAAAGGAACCACCACUAACUGCUGUGUGCUUGUAAUGUAACGUCUGACUUCACCACUGUAAAAAAUUGCAGCUUCUGUAAGUACAGCUGUAGGUGUUGCUAUGCUUCAUGUUACUAAUUACUGUCUUCAAAUUUCACUCAGCUCAGGGAAAUUAAACGCUCCAAGUAGCUAAUUUUUUUUUACUUUCUAAAACCACAAGAUUUCACAGGGUGAACAGCCUUUUUUUCCUCUAGGCUCUGAGAUUUCUCUGGCUGUCUGUCUAGCUAGAACAGUGCUCUCAGGGAUGAUCUUCAGUGAACAGAAUAAUUUGUUUUGGGGAAGAGACAGUCAUUUGCCUAAAAAAAAAUACUGUGAUCAUCUGUCUUUGGAUGUGAUAUGGGGAAGAGGAAGGAAACUUCAGAAAUGCAGACCAAAAUAGGUAGAAAAUAAUGCAGCAUAAGCAUUGUUUUUUGAGAAGUAGCAUUAAAUUUGUUGUCUUUCUUGAAGAAAGACAAUUUUGUUUGCACUGGAAAUAUAUUUGCUGGUAGUUUGGCUUAUACCAAAUGGUGGAUCAUGCAUCUCUAGUCUGAAUGGAGAUGAGCUGGCUGUAAGCUGGUUAAACUAUGCAUGAAAAAAAAAUAAAAGUAGCACCUCUUUCUACCUG